AGGCUUUGCCUUUGACUGCCUUCGAAAAGAAAGUGGAGAAAUUUAUAUACCACCUGAGGCGAGGAGGGUGGAGAUGGAACUCCUCCAUUCCUGAUCCCUCUCUCGAAUCGCGGCCGGGGAAGAAGGAGGAGGACGAGGCGAGGAGGGGUCGAUCUUUCCCGUGCUUUUUCUCCUAGGAUCCGUUGUUUGAUGUUGUUGAUUGCUGUCGAUCGGAAAAGAAGAGGUGUUGGGAGCCGGAGUUGGAUCUUGUAAAUGCUAGCUUCGAUCUGAAAAAGGUGCUGAGGUCACUUUGAAAUUGGGGUCCUAUAGUUUCUAUUGUGAGCAGAUGGCCUCAAUGAGCAUGGUGCCUUCUUCAGGGUCCAAAAAUCCGAGUGGCACUAAUGUUGAUGUGGAUAGAUUGCCAGGUGAAAUGAGUGAUAUGAGAAUACGGGAUGAUAAGGAAGUGGAAGCCACAGUGAUUGAUGGGAAUGGGACAGAAACAGGUCAUAUAAUUGUUACGACUAUCAAUGGGAGAAAUGGCCAGCCAAAGCAGACUAUAAGCUACAUGGCUGAGCGUGUCGUAGGACAUGGAUCAUUUGGAACUGUUUUCCAGGCCAAGUGUCUAGAGACGGGUGAAACUGUAGCGAUAAAAAAGGUUCUUCAAGAUAGGAGGUACAAGAACCGUGAGCUACAAACCAUGCGCCUUCUUGACCAUCCAAAUGUUGUCUGCCUGAAGCAUUGCUUCUUUUCAACAACUCAGAAAGAUGAGCUAUAUCUCAAUUUGGUACUUGAAUAUGUACCAGAGACAGUUCAUCGUGUCAUCAAACACUACAACAAGAUGAACCAACGAAUGCCGCUAAUAUAUGUGAAGCUAUACAUGUAUCAGAUAUGUAGAGCAUUGGCGUAUAUUCAUGGCAACAUUGGGGUGUGCCACAGGGACAUUAAGCCCCAAAAUGUUCUGGUUAACCCACAUACACAUCAGCUGAAACUAUGUGAUUUUGGGAGUGCAAAAGUCUUGGUGAAAGGAGAACCAAAUAUAUCUUACAUCUGUUCUAGAUACUAUAGAGCUCCUGAGCUUAUUUUCGGGGCAACUGAGUAUACUACAGCAAUUGACAUUUGGUCCGCUGGUUGUGUUCUUGCUGAACUCCUGCUAGGACAGCCUCUCUUCCCUGGUGAAAGUGGAGUUGACCAGCUGGUUGAAAUAAUUAAGGUUUUGGGUACCCCUACAAGAGAAGAAAUCAAAUGCAUGAACCCAAAUUAUACGGAGUUCAAUUUCCCACAGAUUAAAGCCCACCCUUGGCACAAGAUCUUUCAUAAGCGAAUGCCUCCAGAAGCUGUUGACCUUGUAUCUAGGCUUUUGCAGUACUCCCCAAACCUGCGGUGUACUGCUUUAGAAGCAUUGAUUCAUCCAUUCUUUGAUGAGCUUCGAGAUCCGAGUACUCGCUUACCAAAUGGCCGCUUUAUGCCCCCUCUUUUUAAUUUCAAGCCUCAUGAGUUGAAGGGAGUGCCAAUGGAGACAUUAACGAAGUUGAUACCUGAGCAUGCUAGAAAGCAAUGUGCCUUCCUAGGAUUAUAAGUUGGUUGAUAGGAUGAUUAUCUGAGGAAUGCCACACGAGUCUCACCUAGCAGAUUAUGUACUUCCAGCAAAAUUGUUGAGUUGGUGGAGCAUUUGAUCCAAGCCUUUUGAGCUGUUUCUGUGUGUGAUGGUAAUUUCCCAUGUUUGCAGAGUAUGAAAUGGUCUGCCACUCUCCCAAGAACUUGAAUGUUUCUCUACUAACCCCUUUCUUUUUCUGACCGAUUGUAACAUUAUAUUAUUUGCAUAGAUGUUGCUAUUAUUUAGUUCUUGAAGUAUGGACCAAAAUGCUUUGCUUGGAUCUGAUGUGUCAUACCUGUUGAAAGUCAUGUAAAUGGUUGUUUAACAAUCAAAACUCUCUGGUUUGAUUUCAA